AUUCAAAACAAAAAAAAAGUAGAAAACUGACUGAAAAAUUAGAAAUUUAUUGUGAAAACUAACGAUCCGAUCCGGUGGUUCAAGAAGACGUCUGCGGUUCAUUUUCACAGGGUGUAUGCGAUGGCAUAACCAGAUGGCAAAAGCUCUGCACGCGCUAUCUCUAUCUCGCCUGUUCGCCAGUCGUCAAAGAGACGUCGUUGCAGUAAGUGAGCCCGCUUAUCGCUGAGCUUUCGCUUUCGCUUUGGCUUUGAGAAUUGAGAAUAUAUUCUAAAAGCACUCACAACAAGUUGUUGAUCUGAGGCACAAUGAACUGCUACAGUCGCCUAGCGCCGACCAUUCGAUGGAGCCGACUCCAACACCACACUCAACAGAGCAUACUCAACGAGCGAUACCCGGUCCGCCAGAUAUCCAGUACACAAGUACACUUCGAUAGACAUGACUGUAAGGUGCUGGUGGUGGGCGGUGGUAGCGGUGGUUGUGCCUUGGCCGCCAAGCUAUCAAAUCGCCUGGGCAAAGGGCAAGUGAUCGUUCUGGAACCAGCCGAAAGACACUAUUACCAGCCGAUGUUCACAUUGAUUGGCGGUGGAAUGAAGCGCUUGGAGCAUUGCCAUAAGCCAAUGGCCGAUGUAUUGCCCAAAAAGGCAAAAUGGAUGCGUGAGGCUGCCUGCGAAUUUGAUCCCGAUAACAAUACGGUCAAAACAUCCGGUGGCAAUACCAUCAAAUAUGAUAUGUUGUUAAUUGCCACCGGACUCCAACUGAACUACGAAAAGAUACCCGGCUUGGAGAAGGCUCUAUCUGUGCCCGAUGGCAACGUCUGCUCAAUUUACUCGCCGUUGUACGUGGAGCAUGUCUUCGAUUGCUUGCGUAAGAUCAGCGGUGGCAAUGCGAUCUUCACUUUCCCCCAUUGCCCUAUCAAGUGCGCGGGCGCACCUCAAAAGAUCGCCUAUAUAGCAGACCACUAUUUCCGAAAGGUUGGUAAACGGGAUGACAUCAGCAUCACCUAUAAUACAGCUUUGCCAGUGCUUUUCGGUGUGAAGCACUAUGCGGAUGCGCUGUGGCCGAUAAUGAAGAAACGCAACAUAACGGUAAACACUUGUCGUAACUUAAUUGAGGUUAAACACGAACAGGACAUUGCUGUCUUUGAGGACGUUAACAAACCCGGUGAAUUAUACGAGGAGAAGUACUCAAUGUUGCAUGCUGUGCCACCAAUGAGUCCACCAGAUGAAUUGACGCGUUGCAAGCAGCUGGUGAAUGACGAUGGCUAUGUGGAUGUGGACAAGUUUACGCUGCAACACAUCAAAUACAAGAAUGUGUUCGCCAUUGGAGACAGCUCUUCGACACCUAAUUCAAAAACAGCAGCAGCUGCAGCCGCACAGUCACCGGUUGUUUUCGACAAUAUGAUGGCCGUAAUUGAGGGAAAACCCCUAACUGGUUCCUACGAUGGCUACGCAUCGUGUCCACUGGUCACCGGCUAUCACACCUGCAUGCUGGCUGAGUUUGAUUAUAAUCUGACACCGCUGGAAACAUUCCCGGUGGCCCAAAACAAGGAGCGAUAUUCAAUGUUUAUCAUGAAAAAAGACUUUAUGCCGUUGCUCUACUGGAAACUCAUGUUGCCCGGCUAUUGGAAUGGCCCAGCUCUCAUGCGUAAUAUGUUGUCUGUGUUCAAAAGCAAAAAACAUAAGUAAGGUCAUCCCCUCAAAUUAGAAUGGAUCAUCUGGUUUAUCUCUUAAUGUCCAACAGAAUUUAAAUUAACUAAAAAUUUUUCAAUCAAGAUGUUUAUUCGUAUCAUCUGUGAAUUUCUCGCUAGUUUUACUUGUACACAUAAAUUGUCUACCAAAAAAAUAAAUGCUGUACAAUUUGAA